AUGGCGUGGCAUGUCGAUUCCCAGAGCUGCUCGCUGGGACACUUCCCGUGUGGGAACACCAGCUUGUGUCUACACUGCAACGGCCGGGAUGAGUGUCCCAACAGUGCCGACGAAGAACACUGCGGAGAUAACAGUGGCUUGGCCAACUUCUUUGACAGGGACAUUAAGAGGUCCGUUCCUCUGGAGCCGUCCAAGGGCUGCUUCCUGCAGGAGUAUCCGGAUAGCUGCCAGUGCAAUGACCCCGAGCUUCAGUGUGUGUACGUCAGCUUCACUUCAAUCCCACUUGUGUCAGCUAACAUUACCUCCCUGUCCCUUAAGAGCAAUGAGAUUCAAGUAUUAUAUGAAGAUGCCUUUUUUUCUUCAACGGUAUGUUCUCGCUUAUUUCUUCAAGACAAUUGCAUCACUUUGGUUUCUAAUCAGGCAUUUAGUGGAUUAUUUAAGAUAGAGAAAUUAUCUCUGAGCCAAAAUGCACCUUUGUUAAAACCUGGUGUGUUUGCUGAUCUCCACCUGCUAAACUGGCUAAUCCUGGAUGACAAUCCUCUGAAAAUGAUCAGUGAGACCACUUUCACUGGUUUGAAGUCUCUCUUCUUCCUGUCAAUGGUGAACACGUCUCUGGAGAUGCUCCCCACACUCUGCACCUAUAUGCCCUCUCUCAGCUGGCUGGACGUUGAAGGGAACCGCAUUCAGAGACUGAACCACUCUACCUUGCUGUCCUGUGAGCAGCUCACUGUGUUGUGACAUGAAUCUCUGUGUGCCAAUCAGAUUAGGAGACUGUCUGGGAGCACUUUCCAAAGCCUAUGUAUGCUGGGAGAGCUGGACCUCUCCAGUAACCAGAUUAAGCAGUUGCCUUUUAACAUCUUCAGAGGCCUGCAGGCUCUGUAAAUCCUGAAUCUUUCCCAGAAUCCACUGAGCCUCGUCCACCUGAGCCAGUUUGAUCACCUCACUCAACUCCAGUCACUGGGCCUGGACAGUGUGGAUAUUCCAGACAUCCAGACAUGCAGGUUCCAGCCCAUGAAGAACCUGUCCUACAUAUAUGUCAAGACAUUCCAGUACUGCUCCUACGCACCGCAUGUCCGGAAGUGCAAACCAGACGGUAUCUCCUCUUUCGAGGACCUGCUGGCCAACAAGGUCUUGCGUGUGUCCAUGUGGGUGAUGGCCUUCAUCACCUGCUUCGGCAAUAUCUUCGUCACUGGCAUGAGAAUGCUGAUCCAUGCUGAGAACACCCUCCAUGCCAUCUGCAUCAAGGCUCUGUGCUGUGUGGACUGCCUGAUGGGGGUCUACCUGUUCUUCGUGGGGGUCUUUGACGUGAAGUCCCGGGGUGAGUACAACAAGAACGUCCACCUAUGGAUGGAGUGUCUGCAAUGCCGCACCAUGGGCUUCCUGGCCACGCUCUCCACCGAGGUGUCCAUCAUGCUGCUCACCUACCUGAUGCUGGAGAGGCUCCUGGUUAUCAACCCCCUGAGCCACCUGCGUCCGGGCAGGGCCCAGAUCGCUACCCUGGCCUCCAUCUGGCUCCUGGGCUUGUCCAUCACCGCUGUGCCGCUGCUCAGUGACGAGCUGUUUGGGAUCUACUACGGUCACAACGGCGUCUGCUUCCCCCUUCACUCCGACCGCAUAGAGAAGCACCCCACCAAAGGGUACUCCAUGGGCAUAUUUCUGGGGUGAGUGGCAACUUUAAGACUCAAUCUGGUGGCCUUCCUCAUCAUCACCAUCUCCUACUCCAGCAUGUUCUACUCCAUACACAAGACAGGCAUGAGGGCCACGGAUCUACGCAAGGACGUGGCUGUGGCAAACCACUUCUUCAUCAUCGUGUUCUCUGACCCCCUCUGCUGGAUCCCUAUAUUUCUUGUCAAACUUUUCUCCCUGCUGAAAAUGGAGAUUCCUGGAAGGAUCACGUUGUGGGUGGUGAUCUUCGUCCUGCCCAUAAACAGUGCUUUGAACCCCCUCCUCUACACACUGACCACCAACUUCUUCUGAGAGCAGGUGGAACAGCUCCUGUACCAGUAG